CGUGACCCGUAUACACGUAUACAAUCACACGUAGUUGAUCAACGACACCUACAAAUUUAAAACAUCGGUGCCCGGUUUAUGUCCAUACUAACAUAAUUGACGAGGAUUUGAAGAGGCGACCUGUUGUGGAGGAGUGAGAGAGUCUACCUUGAUUUACGAUGGAAGCUCCAAUCUCCAUGGAGCCUGAAGAGGAAAAGAAAGUGUUUAUAUCCUACAGUAGCGAUGAUUUACAUAUAGUGAGGAUGAUACAAGGCCGCUUAAAGGAAAAGGGUAUCGAAUGCUUUGUUGCGAAGGAAAUGUGUUAUGGGGUUCCAACACUGGGAGGAAUUGUAACCGGUCUCUCCACAAGUAGAGCCACCCUCUUUCUUGUAACCCCCAAGGCUUUGAAGAGUUCAUGGUUCGCUUUUGAGACCAUUCUUACGUUAGAGAAAUCCCAACAGCGAGGCCAACUUAACUGUGUGAUAUUACUCCAUGGUGUAACAGAGAACGAGCUUCCCAAGUUUGCUUUGUUUCACAUGAUUGAUAAAUAUGUGCUGGAUUUGGAUGUGUUUGGAACAUGGAACAAGGAGCAGAUCCAGAAGGUCAUAGGAACCAUUCGAGAGGCGAAAACAAUCACGACUGAACUUCCGGUCGGAAACGUUGCGCACGCACAGGCUUGGUCUCAUUACUUUGGGUACCACCAUGUUAUACAUCCAUAUCUUGAAGAGAAAAUCAAAAAGAGUACCUGGUUUAGGGAAAACAGCAAAAACAUGCCAAUUGCAGUUUACGAACUUGUUCCAAAGAACUGCAUCGUGCCACGUGAAAUAAAAGCCAGAAACAUCAAGAAAGAGGGAACCCUUGACCCUAUCUUUGUAGAUAUGGGAGGUGUUGUGAAGCGUCCGUACAUCCUAAAUGUUUACUCCAUAGAGGAGGGAGGAGAGAAAUACUACUGCGUUGCGCAAUAUCCUAGCGUCCUGGGUGCCAUUCAGAAAAUGGAAAUCUCCCCGUUGGUUGAUAUGGACGAACAGCACAAGAUUCUUCAGGCAGCGCGGUUCUAUUAUACUCUUCACGCCAUACUCACACGCCCGGGGUUUGAGUACCAGUCUCAGGCACGGCUUCUCUGGUUUGAUGACGCCGUGGAGGAUAUGGCGAAUGUCUUGCUGGAGGCUGUCAAGAAAGACGUGAUGAGCACACCGUCCGAUAGAACCGCGACAGAUAGUAGAAAAGUCUUGAAGACGUUAGAGAAGAGAGACUGCCAAGAAAAGGCCUAUGAUGCGGUUAUCCUGCACAACAGUGCCGACCUAUACUCACAGAAGAUUCACCAAAACAUAGUCAACUAUCUGGAGAAUACAGAUGUAAGCCUUCACGAAUCUCCAUUGAAGGCAGGAUCACCACAAUUUCAGUCGUUGUCCGAAGCAGUAUCAAACGUGCGAUGGGUGAUACUGAUUAUUACCGAACCAGGAAUCCAAAAUAACCCGGUGUUCCAGAUGGAGACAAUAUCUAUUCUGGAAGAAUGCGUCAGCGACUCCAGAAUACGAAUCAUUCCCGUCAUUGAUGCAAAAAUCUAUGACAGAUCUCGUGAAACCUGUGGAGGUAUUUCUCCCGAUAUUAUACCAGAUCUUCUUAGAUGGGUAACAUACAUUGACGUGCAGACAAAAGAAUAUGAAAAAUCCAUCUACGAGGCACUGAAAGGAGAAAGCGAUCCUAUUGUGUUAGACUCGGCCCAUAUUCCAGCUGGGAACCUUGGUUACGGCUUGGCCUGGGGUUAUGUUGUCAACUAUCUGAAGAUUGUUCUUCCACAGCUCGGACCAGGGCUUCAAAGGGUGCUUGAAUCGGAUGAAUUGAAUAUAAAGGUCUGCCCUGAUAAGCUUUAUCUCUUGGUGCCGAAAACGUGCAAAUGUCCAGACCAGAUUACUGCAAAUCAUGUGGAACAUGCAUAUUCCUUCAAGUCGAUGUCUGACCUCAAGGGUGGAGCAAACAUCAUCAAGAGCUUGGAUAUUUACCAGGUCAUGGACGAUGAUAAUAUUCAACAGGAAAAACACUGUUUUGUUGGACUUUACCCAGCCCCGUUCCGUUGCCUAGAUAUGAUGAAUGCCUGUAAAGUAGCAGGAAUCAACCCACAGUCUAUGGAAAGGGAAAAGAAUCGCUUUUGUGACACCCUGCACAGCCUGCUAUGGGGGAAAGUGGGCGAGGGUUUGCACAAUAAAUGUGAACUUGUUUUCUUCGAUGAUGAUGACCCAGAUGACCUCAGAAGAAAACUCUUACCGAAGAUAUAUUUUGACGUCGAUCGGGAGAAAGCGCAACGUAAACGGAAAGAAGACAGAAAACGACGUGAUGGAGGUGUCCCUAAACAACCUGAACCGACUAGUCUCAGACGCCAUACAGGGAGCCCAAUGGACCUCGAUGACCUUACAUUUGAUCAGGGAGAACAUGUGUUCAUUUCUUAUAGUAGUGAAGACUAUAGGGUGGUGUUAAAGAUAAAGGACGCUCUCCUCAAAAAAGGGAUUUCCAGCUUUGUAGCUUCCACAUCGAUAGCAGCCGGAACCCCUACCAUAGAUGGCAUAGUUCAUGGUAUAAACAAGUGCAAGAAAGGUUUAUUCCUGGUCACCGAGAAUGCUCUCAAGAGUUCCUGGUUUGCUUUCGAGAGCAUCUUAGCCAUAGAACGUUCCCAGCAACUUGGUAAAGUUGGCGCAGUGAUACUGCUGCACGGUGUAUCAGAAGACCAGCUUCCGAAAAUGGCAAUGUUAGACAUGAUGCCUCGCUUCAAUAUGUCCAUCGAUUCGGAUGGUGACUGGACAGCAGAACAAGUCCAGCUUGUAGUGGACACAUUACAAGAGGAAAAGUUUAUUGAUUGUGAAUUACCUGUCGGGAAUGUCGCACAUGCACAAGCCUGGUCACAUUACUUUGGCUAUCAUAACAUCGUUCAUACACACUUGGAGCAGAGAAUUAAGGAGUGUAUGUGGUAUAAGGAAAACCCAACCAAUAUGCCAAUCAAAAUAUAUGAAUUGGUGCCGCAAUCUUGUAUCACUCCAUGCAUCAAGGACCAAGGACUGGAAAGCGUUGGAACUUUGGCACCCAUUGUCGUGACCAGAGCUGGCAAUAAAACUAGGCCAUAUUCACUGAAUGUGUACUGUAUUCAAGAUGGCGAUGAGAAAUACUACUGCAUUGCACAGUAUCCAAAUGUUUUGAGUGCUAUUCGUAAGAUGGAAGAGUCAUCCUUCGUUCAAAUGGACGCCCAACACAGAGAGUUACAACUGUCUAGAUUCUUCUACACACUGAACUCUAUACUUCACCAUUCGGUCACCACGCCGUGUCACAACCAGUCCAGGCUGCUGCUUUUUGAUGACAGCACUGAACGGCCAAAGGAUAUUUUAUUGAAAGCAAUCAGACAAGACGUAAAGAGAGCCUCAUAUGAGACAUUAACCAGGGAAAUCCGACUUCCUGCUAGUGCAACUAGAGAAUCAGAGUUCGAUGUUGUCAUCCUAUACAGCAAUGCUAAAACGCAAGACAAGGAAAGGAAAGAGGAGAUAGAAAAUUACCUGAAUAUGCGAAAUUUGAAAGUACAUCCAGAUGUUUGUAAAACGACUGAAACCAAUCCAUGGCAAAAGUUGGAGGAUGCCCUUGAAAAGAGUCGAUGGGCGAUGUUAAUCAUCACACCUAACUCUCUACAAGAUGCUGUUAUGAACAUGAAGAUAAUGGCGCUACUUGAAGCAUCCAUCAGUGAAAAACGACUGAGGGUGAUUCCGGUGAUCGAUGAGUUAUCCGCGGAAUGCCUACCGGAAAUGCUAAAAUGGGUCACCUACAUCAACGUGCGCACAGAGAAUUACCAUGAACAAAUAUAUCGUGCUCUAAAAGGAGAAGAUAUUCCCCUAGGCCUAGACGCUGCUUAUAUCCCAGCAGGUAAUCUUGGCUAUGGGCUGGCGUGGGGUUACUUUGUCAACUACCUGCAGUCAGUUCUCCCAAAGUUUGGGACAUAUCUGGAACAAGUAUUGAAAGAACACGCCGAAAUAGUGACCUGUCCCGAAAAGUUGUACCUGUUGGUCCCGAGCAGCUGCGUUUGUGCAGGUCUGAUCAGUGAUAGAUGUCCCUGCGUUGACUAUACCAUCUCCUUUGCCAGGAUACCUGAAAAUCUAGGAGGAGCCAAUGUAAUAAAAACUCUUGAUAUUUACAGCAUAACAGAAAAUGACAACGCUGGAUCAAAGAAGUACUAUUUCAUCGGACAAUACCUAACCCCGAUACUGUGUCUGUGGGAGAUGAAUAACUCUCGGUUAGCUGGUGUCACUGAAGAGUCAAUGAGGAAAGAGAGUAAACGAUUUUGUUAUACACUGAAUAGUCUACUCGAGGGACCUGUGGGCGACGGACUUCAAACCAAAUGUGAACUUGUCCCUUUCAAUGACAGUGACCCAGAGGACAUUCGGAGGCAACUUAUUCCACGUCUGCAACUUUAACUCGCAAGGAAAUUUCACCAAAGAUUGCAAAACGCUGUACUUGAUGUUUUUUCUUUAGUUACAAACUUUCGUUUAGAGUUCAUGGCCUCAUGGAUAUGACACAAGAAAGAUCAUGUUUCCUGUCACCUACGAUCCUAUUGAUGUAGUUAGACGUUCACCAGCAAUGGAAUAUCAAUCUGUCAUUUCAUUUUGCCUAAAUCUUGUGAAACUCUCAGGUCAUCUGAUAAAUAUUUUAUCUACUAUUGAAUAAUAUGACUUUGCAGAACUGAUGGUUGUUAACAAUUAAGCAAACGCGACCACUUUGACAUGUAUAUAUAUCAAAACAUGUUUAUCUUGCUGUGAUAACAAACUCUUCACCGCGGUGUGAUAAAUGAUCCAUGCAAUGAAUAUAUAACUUCCAAGAAGGCCAUUUGAUAUAUUGUAAUUGUCUUAAGUGAUUUGUGUCUGUAUUGCCGAUAUUUUGUUUGCUUUGAAUCAACUCAAUUAUAUCUGUUUAAUCACAAACUGAAACUAUCUGUAAAUGCUAAGAGAAAUUGAAUUCGAUGAGUACCAAUCAUUUAUAUAUUAAGACCAUUCUUACAUAUUAAAACAUUUUUAAGUUUUAGACAUUUUAGUAUAUACCUUGAAAUCAUGAUGAACUCUCUAUUUAUGAUGGGAAAACAUCAAACUUGUGUAUCUUCCUACAUUCUAUGUGUUUAAAUGAUAUUAACACGGCAUAUGUAAGCCGAUUUUGACUAAAAUGUCAAAGAAACUUCCUUGUUGAAGUUCAAGGAAACAAAUACUCAAUAUUGCAACUUGAGAAACUGAUUCUAGAUUGAAAACGACCCUUGAGAAUUUUAAGAGGUGUAUGUUAUUUCCAAUGUGUAUUAUUAUUGAUAGUUGAUAGUGAAAUAAAGGCGGAUGGAUGGUGUGAAGUGGGCGUUCCCUCUACAAGUCCAGGCCUCAUGCAUCCGCCCCUCUGUUUUGAAAGUGAUUUAUGGUUUUAUGAACGAAAUUGCAAUUUUAGUGAUGAUAAGUUUACAUAACGCGAGUCGGUUUUAAUUUGAUAUCGAGUUAAUUGGUAUUUACUUUAAGAAAAGAAGAUAUUCAAACCUAUGAUGAAUGCAACUUUAAGUACUAUUUGAUUAUAUCAAAGGCUCUAUUAACGCAAAUGAUCACGUGGUUUACAUCUACUGCUGUUUAUGCGUUGAUGACCUCUAUGUAGAUUUGUUUAUGUAUACAUGUAUAAUAUAUCUUUGCUGUACACAUGAAAGUGAUAUUUCAGAUUUGUCCAGGUGUCAUCAAAAUGUACUUUCUAUAAUCUCUGUAUAUUGUCCCAAAUCAUAAACGCUUCUAUUCUCUCAUAUUCUAGAUAUUUGUUUAAAAUAUCGAUUUUUCUAUAACAUCACACAUGGUAUUACAUUUUCUUAUCACGUAAAUAGGUUUUAAUUAGUUGACGGAAAAACUGUUUAGAUAUGAAAAAAAAUCGUGUUUCUAAAUUUAUAAGAAAAGCGUUUCGUAGAGAUAUGACUGCGAUUUCUAAGACUGUACUAAAGAUGCAAAAGUGAAUAUCACAUUUUAAUACAAAUUUAGAAUUAUAUUUUAGAUAAAUUAGUAUCAAGCAACGAAUUAAACUGCAUCAUACAGCUGCUUCGUAAUUCAUUGACUCGUCACUGAUAUUGAAGGCCAAUAUUCUGAAGCCUAGUAGGCGACGGAGGAAAAUAAAACAUGAUCGAAAGGAGGCUGUUUGAUAAGCGUGAUAAUUUUCAAUUUCUCUUUUGUAAGUUUUCCAUUUCUGGAUAGCAACAUCCCUGAAUCCCCAUCCAAUGUGUUUAAAUGUCGCAGGUGAUUAGAUUCGCAAGAUCUUGUUCCUAUUAUCAGGAUUUUCGUGCAAGAAGUAAUCAACAGACGGACAAACUCGUAACACUGGUUACGGUCGUCAUAGAAAUAGCAUUAAGAUUGAGAAAUAAUUCAUUUCUUUGUGCGAUAUGAAGCUGGAUAUCUUUAAGACUCAUUUGUUUUCCUGUUUGUUCCGUUGUAUACAUUUUUCUCAUUUACGAAGGUGACAUUAAUUACUUGGAUUGUCCAGGUGUCGUCGAUGAAGCAAAAAACGCUUACUCUUAAGGAACUCUUGGUAUUUUUCUCCUUGUGUUUUUUUUUUCAAAAGUCUCCGUGUAAAUCUUUCUUUUGUUCAUAUUCUGACUUAAUUUUAAUGAAUUUUGGGUUGGAUUAUGACUAUCCUGACAUUUGUAUUUUUAUUUUCUUAUUUCUAUUAAUAAAACCUAUGCUAAUUGA